AUGGAGAAGAUGAAGGUGCUCCGACCUCUGUUCCUGGAACGCAGCGACAGUGAGUACAUGGCGGGACAGCUGGCAGCGUUUGGGUACCAACUCGUGGAGGUGCCAUCGGAAGCGGACCUGUGGAUUAUCAACACGUGCACGGUGAAGAACCCGUCUCAGUCAGCAAUGGACACGCUCAUCCGUAAGGGCAGGGAGCUGAGCAAAAGACUCGUGCUCGCAGGCUGCGUGCCUCAGGGCGACAGUGGGGUGGCGGAGGGAGAGGGCGUGAGUGUGGUGGGGGUGCAGCAGAUCGACCGCGUGGUGGAGGUGGUGGAGGAGACGCUCAAAGGCAACACUGUCCGCCUGCUCUCCCGCAACCGCGCUCUACCCGCACUCGACCUGCCCAAGGUGCGGCGCAACAAGUGGGUGGAGAUUGUGCCCAUCAGCGUGGGCUGCCUGGGUGCGUGCACCUACUGCAAGACGAAGCACGCCAGAGGCCAUCUCGGCUCCUAUCCUCUGCCCGUGCUGGUGGACAGGGUGCGGGCAGCGGUAGCAGAGGGAGUGCGUGAAAUAUGGCUAAGCAGCGAGGACAGGGGAACCUACGGCCGGCUGCUUUAUGCUGCGAGUCGCUCUCCAAGGCACUUUAGAAGCAAAUUCGCCUCUCCUUUCUCCCUCAUACCCCUUCCAAAGGUGGACAGGGUGCGAGCAGCAGUAGCAGAGGGCGUGAGGGAAAUCUGGCUGAGCAGCGAGGACACGGGCGCCUACGGCCGUGACAUUGGCAGCGACCUGCCCUCCCUCCUCUCCGCCCUCGUAGCCUCCCUCCCCCCCGACGGCCGCUGCAUGCUGCGAGUCGGCAUGACCAACCCGCCCUACAUUCUUGAGCACCUGCCUGAAAUCGCAAAAAUCCUCAACCACGCCUGCGUGUACAAGUUUCUGCACCUGCCCGUGCAGUCGGGCAGCAACAGCGUGCUGGAGGGGAUGAAGAGGGAGUAUACAGUGGAGGAGUUUUGCCGGGUGGUGGACACGCUUAUGGGGCUUGUGCCUGGUUUGGAGAUUGCAAGCGACAUCAUCUGUGGCUUCCCAGGCGAGACGGCAGCGGACUUUGAGCAGACCAUGGAUCUGAUCCGCAAGUACAAGUUCGCCCAAGUGCACAUCUCACAGUUCUACCCUCGCCCAGGCACUCCAGCAGCACGCAUGCCCAAGGUGCCAUCAGGGGAGGUGAAGCAGCGCAGCAGAGCACUCACCACCCUCAUAGAGUCCUUCACGCCCUACACGAACCUUCUUGGAACCACCCAACGGGUAUGGAUCACCGAUGUUGCCGCAGACAAGACGAAGCUUGUCGGCCACACGGAUAGCUACGUGCAGGUGCUUGUCCCGCCUGAUGAUGUGGCGUUGGAUAAGCUGCCAGGUGGCAGGCCACCAGAUGACACGUCAGCAGUCAAUGUGUCUUCUUGUGACGCCGUGGAUCAAGAUGAGAAAGCUCUGGGGAAAUUGACAGCAGCCAAUGGGUCGGCGGCAAAAGCGAAUGAGCCGAACAGUGGUGGCAGGAGUGCGCUUUUAGGGUCGAACUUGUUUGUCCGCAUAACCACAGUCGGGCGGUGGUCUGUGAUUGGCGUGCCGGUGUCUGCCCCAGUGAAGUAUCUGCCUGUUGCUGCUGGAAGCCUAGAUAUUCUGAACAAGGCUCAGCAGAGCAAGGAGCAGCAGCAGGUUGAGACUGAAGAGCAGCCACUGCUACCACCAUUGCUGCAGGAGCAGCAGUUGAAGGAGCAUCAGGAUCCAGGAAUGGGUGGAGCGUCAGAUGAGUGUUGUGGUGGAGGGAGCGAGGGAGCUUGCGCUUGCUCUGGUGAUACUCCUGCUGCGGCUUCUGCAGAAGAGGACAAGUGCUGCAACAUAGGAAGCUCGUCCUGCAGUGGUGUUUUGGCAGCAGCUGGGGUAGGAGAAGUGCGCUCCACAACUGCAGUUCCUGCAGGUCAGAGAGGUGCAGGAAUGGGUGGGGAGUUGGUUGAUGGAUUGUUGCUUGCUGGUAUUGCGUUCCGCCUGUUUUUCCCCGAACCCCGCUUCCGCCUGGUACUCUCCCAACCCCGCGUCCUCCUGUUUUUCCCGCCGUCCGCCGCCAUGUCGUCCCUACCGCAAGGUCUACUCCCAUCUGAGGACGAUCUGCUCUACGAGGAGGAGAUUCUCAGAAACCCUUUUUCUCUUAAACUCUGGUGGCGGUACCUCGCGGCGCGGCGCGAUUCGCCCGCGCGGAAGCGGUACUUGAUUUACGAGCGAGCGUUAGUAGCCCUCCCGGGUUCUUACAAGCUAUGGGCGGCGUACCUUAAGGAACGCCGCGCGGCGGUCCGCGGGCUUCCCGCGAAUCACGCUGCGCACGCCGCUUUGAACAACGCGUUUGAGCGCGCUUUAGUUACGAUGCACCGCAUGCCGCGCAUUUGGCUCGAGUACCUAUCCGCGUUGGUAGACGACCAGAAGCUAGUAACGCGCGCGCGUCGCACGUUCGAUCGUGCGCUUCGAUCCCUGCCCGCGACGCAACACGACAGGCUCUGGGAUCCGUAUCUUAGAUUCGUCCGCAAGCCUGGCAUUCCCAUCGAGACCGCUCGCCGGAUAUUCCGCCGGUUUUUGCGGUUCGAUCCGUUGCGCGUGGAGGAGUACGUGGAGUUCUUGGUCGAAGCGCAGGAAUGGCGCGAAGCGGCGGAGCGGCUCGCGUCGGCUCUAAACGACGAGAAAUUCGUGUCGGUGCGCGGGAGAACGCGGCACCAGCUGUGGCUGCAGCUGUGCGAUCUGCUGACGCGGCAUGCGGAGGUGAUGCACGGGGAUGCGGGAGGCCGGGGGGGAGGCGGAGCAGUCGGAAGCGGAAGCGGAGGCGGAGGCGGGAUAGUCGGAAGCGGAACCCUAAAAGUGGACGCGAUUCUGCGGAGCGGAAUUCGGCGAUUUUCGCACGAGGUGGGGCGAUUAUGGACUUCCUUAGCGGACUAUUACAUCCGACGCGGGCUGUUCGAGCGCGCUAGAGACGUGUACGAGGACGGAUUAACUAGCGUGAUGACGGUGCGCGAUUUCAGCGUGGUGUUUGACGCCUUGGCGCAAUUCGAGGAGAGUAUGCUGGCGGCUAAACUAGAGCUCACUGCUGGAGAGGAGGAGGAGGAGGCGGAGGAGGAAGCAGAGGGGGAAGAGGGGGAGGAAGAGGAGGAAAGGGAGUGGUGGGAAGAGGAAGAGGAGGGAGUGGGGGAGGGGGAGGAGGCGGGUGCAGGAGCAGAGGAAGGGGGUAGGAGAGAGGAGGACGGGCAGGAGCAGCAGCAGGCGGAGGGUCAAGCAGACAAGGAGGGGCAGGCCAAGGGGAAGAAGAUGACGAAACAACAACUGCUGAAGCUGCAGCAGCUCCAUCAGCAGCAGCAGCAGCAGGAAGACGCGCUAAAAGCCAGCUCAGCAGCUUCGAAGCAAAAGAAGCAGAAGAAGAAGCCAGUAGACUGGAUGUUCCGAACAGCAGACGCGGAUCUGCGCUUGGCGCGCUUAGAAGCCCUCAUGGACCGCCGCCCAGAGCUCGUCUCCGCGGUCCUCCUCCGCCAGAACCCCCACAAUGUGCACGAGUGGCAUAAGCGCGCCAAGCUCUUCCAAACCAAUCCUGAGCGUCAGAUCCUGACCUAUACCGAAGCUGUGAAGACCGUGGAUCCGUUUCAGGCGGUUGGGAAGCCGCACACGCUCUGGGUGGCGUUUGCGAAGCUGUAUGAGAAGCACGGGGACUUGGGGAAUGCGAGGCGGGUGCUGGAGCGGGCGGUUCAGGCGCGGUUGAAAGCGGUGGAGGACGUUGCGGCGGUGUGGUGUGAGUGGGCGGAGAUGGAAGUGCGGCAUCAUAACUUCCACGGGGCGAGGGAGCUUCUGAGGAGGGCAACUCUGCAGCCGUCAGUGGCUGUGCUGCGGCAAGCUGCUGCAGAGGGUGACGAACGUCCCCAGCUGAAAGUGUAUCGGAGCCUCAAGGUGUGGACGCUGUACGUGGACCUGGAGGAGAGCCUGGGCACGCUGGAGACCACCCGCGCUGUGUACGAUCGCAUUAUCGACCUCAAGAUCGCCACGCCUCAGAUCAUCAUCAACUAUGCACUCAUGCUCGAGGAGCACAAGUAUUUCGAGGAUAGCUUCAAGGUGUACGAGAGGGGGGUGAACAUAUUCAAGUACCCACACGUGCGCGACAUCUGGACCACCUACCUCUCCAAGUUCGUUCAGCGCUACGGCGGCAAGAAGCUGGAGCGAGCCAGGGACCUCUUUGAACAGGCACUCGAGAGUGCCCCAUCAACGGACUGCAAACCUCUGUAUCUAGCCUACGCAAGGUUGGAGGAGGAGUAUGGGCUGGCACGGCAUGCCAUGGCCGUGUAUGAGCGAGCAGCACAGGCGGUGCCAGAGGAGCAGAGGAUGGGCGUGUACGAGCUCUUCAUUGCUCGUGCUGCUGAGCUGUUUGGAGUGGCCAAGACACGGGAUAUCUACGAGAGGGCCAUCGAGUCAGGCCUACCCGAUGCAGAUGUGAAGCGCAUGUGCCUGCGGUAUGCCGCAUUGGAGAGGCGGCUGGGGGAGAUCGACCGCGCGCGAGCCAUCUUUGUGCACGCCAGCCAGCUGGCGGACCCGCGGUCCGACGGGGAGUUCUGGGAGGCGUGGAACGCGUUUGAGAUCGCUCACGGGAAUGAGGACACGUUCCGUGACAUGCUGCGCAUCAAGCGAUCCGUUUCGGCUAGCUACAGCCAGAUGCAUUUCAUUCUGCCCGAGUACCUCAUGAAGUCAACCCCCUCCGUGCCCCGGGAAGGUGAUACUGGCCGGGCCAGGGAGGGCGCACCUGAGGAAGGCUUACUUGACGCCCCUGCUGCUGGUGGUGGUGGGGGAAUGGAUAGCAUGGAAGCUCUAGAGAAGGCGGCUGCUGGGAAAGCUGCAGCAGGAGCAGGGGACGGGGCGGCGAAACCCCGCGUGCCCAUGUUUGUGAGUGGGGGGACGGUUCAAGAGCAGGAGACAGGAGCAGGGGUGAAAUCCCAACAGGUGAACCCGGAGGAGAUUGAAUUGGCUGAUGAGGAGGAGGAAGAGGAGGAGGAAGGGGAGGAGGGAGAGGGAGAGGGAGGGGAGGGGAAGGGGAGGAGCAAGGUGGGGGUGACGCAGGUGUCGGUGCCUGCAGGGGUGUUUGGAGCUUUGGCUGGGAAGGCGGAGGAGAUGGCGAAGAGAGAGAGGGAGGCGGCGGAGAAGGGAGGGGAGGAUGAAGGGAAGGAGGCGGCACUGGGAGCGUUGGAGCGAUUUAAGAGACAGAGGAAGCAGUAG